CAUUCAUUUGUUCCUUGCAAAACUGGAACUGAAAUUAAAUGUGCGGGCGAGUUGAACGAAGACCUGCUCAAUUUACACGUUAAAAACUAUUGUAAAGACGGUGAACCACCUUUAUUCUUCAAUAUGUUUUGUGAGUUAUGUAGAGUUGAGUUUUCAUCAUCGAAUAAAAAGGUAUUCAAAAAUUAAUUUAAAUAGUCAGCAGAAAUCCUGUAAAAUGUGUGGCUCAGUACAGUGUUCGAGUUGUUUGAGGUUUAAACUUAAAAAAAUCAAGCCAGUAUGUUUGGAUUGUUAUUAUGAUAAAAAAAGUGUGAAUGACCCUGAAGAAAAACUUUGCUCAUUCGCUUCUUCAAGUCGUGCAUUUAUUGUAGCAUCAAAUCUAAAACCUAAUAAAACUAAUCAAGAAGUUCGCUCACGCAAUGAUCCGAAGACUGAUGAACUUGUUAAGAGGUUUGAGAACCUUAAAAAAAAUCAAGUCAAAGCAGAAGAUGUUUCUCUUUUAGAAUAUCGAUUUCGACAGCUCAAAGGACUGACUGAGGAAAAACCUGCUUCUUCUGAAAACUCUUCAUUGUCAAAGACCGAUCAAGUUUCUAAAUUUGUGGAACGGUACAUUGAAGAAGCACGGAUCGAUUCAAAAUGUAGCGUUGAUUUUGGUCUGGAUGAUGAUCCUACUGAAAAGGAAAAUUUUCCUUCGUGCUAUAUGUGUGAUGGAGUUGCUGAAUUUUCGUGCAGAGAAUGUGACGAUAAUUUUUGCCAACGGUGUUUCAAUAAAACGCACAAUAAACGAGAGAGAUUCGAACAUCAAACUGGGAUUUGCAAAUAAACUCUAUUACGAUUGUUCGUCAUUAUUUUCUCUUAAGAUGAAAUGUAUUACUAUUAUUAUCCAUUACUUUUCGUCAUGUAGAUACUUGAUUUGACUUCAGACACUGCUACUUCUCUUUCCCUUCCGCUCUCCACUUACUGUUGUUGACUUGUACAUUUGUAUUUAUUUCUAACAAUUAUUAUUGAUAUAUUUUUUGGCCUAUUCUGCGUUUACUAUGAAAUGAAUUACCAUGUAGUGAGUUUUUCAUCCAUACUAUUGAGAUUCUUAUGGUGGUCAUACUGGUUGUAGAUUUAGUGUUAAUCAGUGGAUAGAGCUAUAUACUUAUCUUGAUAUUAACCUUGUGAUUGUUCAUCAUCAAGUGGUUUCGUACCUUAAUCAUUGAAGACAAUAUAUAAUAAUAUAAUACAUGAUUCGUAUACUC